GUCCUCACAGUAUUAUUCAUAAUAGCAGGAAUUCUGUCACGCUUUGGUUACAACAGGUCUUGUGUUAGACCCUUAGAUCACCUUAGAUCCACACCGAGCUGCCAGCUUCUACAGCUCUAUCAAAUCUUACUUCCCACGUGUGUGCUGCAGAUAAAGUGAUAUUUACAAACUGAAAUUGACGUACUCAGGUGUCAACAGUGAAACAGACGACAGGUAGACAUAUCUGGGUCAGCUCGGGUGGAGGCGGAGCCUAGAACAUAUUCUCUUAUGGUAGUGUACCUGGUGUUGAGAUACGCACACACGCUCAGUGGGCUUGACCGAUGGUUGUGAAUAACUCUCUUGUUUUGGAGGUUUUUUGUGUCAUUGUGACAGGCAUGUUUGCAUUUCUUUGAGAAAAGGUUUUUAUAAGGUGUGUUAAAUUCAUUUGGAUUACCAUCAAGUGGAGAUAUAUUCGGUUGGCAUGUGGACAAGUUUACGAGACUCCAGAGCAGGAAGAGGCAUGGAUUUUCACUGAUUAUUGUGGAUGGUUUAUAUAUAUGAAUGAUACUGGCGUGGGAUCCUGCUGUUGUAGAAUUUUUUUUAGAGCACCUGUGCGUCAGUGUGUUUAACAGGAUAGAGAGGUGUCUCUACAUGGAAACUGAAGGUGUUUCGUAACUUGCAAUAUUUGAAAACUCCAUGUGAUGUCAUUUUAUAUUCUCAUAUAGAGAAGAGUUUGUCAUCAGUCAUUAGUUUGAUCUCGGACUCAAGUUGGAUGUGUCUGCUGCCCAAUAUAUUGUAGUAUAGCCUGGAGUACAUGCUUAGAUUUUCUAAUUGCCCCAUGUUUCUUUUAAUUUUAAAGUUUUCAUGUUGUUUUUGUUUUCAUUCUCCUAAUAGAAAAACUUCCACUUAUUAAUAUCUUAAUUUAAAAAAAUUAUUAAAGUAUUGAUUUUUUUCUCAAAAGUUUUCAAAUUUUGAUCUGUUUUGUUUAUGAUUUAAACAUACGAUAAGUCUGUUUUUAAAAGUGUUUUUUCCAGCUCUCACUCUUAGCUAGCCAUUCAGAAAUCUUUUUUGAAAACUUUAAAUUGGAGCGUUAAUCAUCCCAUUUUUAUGUUUGUGUGGUGUAGUUUGUACGCCAGUGAGAGGAACGUCAGGCUGUAGGGUCUAUUUCUGUUUGUGCCCACUUAGCUGCUUGAGAGUAAACAGCAACAUUUGCUGAAAUGGGCGUUUAAGAUGACAUGCUCGAGCAAGAGCCUUUAAUACAGUCUGUCAAUACCACUUGAUGGGUUCGAUUCAUUCAACAUUACUACCCAUAGCAAGUAGUACAAAGACAUUGUUGGAGUAUAUUUGACAAAGUAAUUUUCAUCUGACAUUAAAUAGCUGCCAACAAUCAGCAUUGGUUGAAAUCAUAAUAGAACACUAACAUUGAAAUCAAAUACUCCAAGAACAGAAGCAGCACAUCAAAACCUUGCAGACCGGUUUGAAACAACGCAGGUUUCUUCAAGGUCAAAUGUACUUGUAGUUAUUGCUUGAAUAUUGGCAUUUUCUAGAAACAUGAUGUUUGUAAUUAUUACAAGAAGCACAUCCUUGUUGAGUGUACUCCAGUGUUAAGUAUUGCUGUGUAGAAGGUUUCAGAGGUGGGAGGAGUUGGGAUCAUUGCCCGUGUCCUCCGGGGUUACAAGUAUAUAUUGACACAGGUAUUUUCAGGUGUGUCCACAGGUUGAAACAUUCUUGUCGCGACAUUUGGAUUCUGUGUUCCUUCCCAGAAGGAGUUCUGUGGUAGUUGUUACGUGUUCUGUCAGUAUUUACGUGCUUGUGUGCUCAUUAACACGAUGGCUGCAAGGAUGCUUCGGCUUCAGUCUCUGAACGAGACGACUGACAGUCACUUGUUCCAGCGGCGCCGUAUCCAUGCCAACCAGGACAGUGAUGAUCCUCUUGAUCAGGCUCUCGCUACCCUCAACUUGCUGAGAUUUGAUAAAGAAAGCCAGAACAUGUCCCUGGGCAAUGCAAUAUGCCGAAGGUGCGGCGAUGGCUUCUCCGCCACGGAACAGAUCGUCAACUCCAAUGGAGAAGUCUGGCAUACCCAGUGUUUCGUCAAUGGAUCCAGUGAGCCGCGAGGGCCCAUGUGCUCUAAAUGCGGAGAGGAUAUUGAGGCACAGGAACAAAUGGUUAACUACCACGGCCAAGUUUGGCAUCCGUCAUGUUUUGUCUGUGCCCAGUGCUUCCAGCCAUUCCCUGAGGGAAUUUUCUACGAGUACGAAGGCAGGAAGUAUUGUGAACAUGACUUCCACGUCCUCUUCGCUCCCUGCUGCGGAAGCUGUGGUGAGUUCAUCAUCGGCCGCGUCAUCAAGGCGAUGAACAACAGCUGGCACCCGGACUGCUUCCGCUGUGAGCUGUGUACUGGACCUCUCGCUGAUGCCGGCUUCGUCAAGAACGCCAACCGGGCACUGUGUCGAGAAUGUAAUGCCAAAGAAAAAGCCAAAGGACUUGGCAAAUAUGUCUGCCACAAAUGCCACUCGAUUAUAGAGGAGGGUCACAUCAAGUUCAAGGGGGAGGCGUAUCACCCCUACCACUUCAACUGCCACUCCUGUGGCCAGGAGCUCCAGUCUGAUGCCAGGGAGAAGGGCAAUGAGCUGUACUGUCUACGCUGUCAUGACAAGAUGGGUAUACCCAUCUGUGGAGCUUGUAGACGUCCUAUAGAAGAGCGUGUGGUCCAUGCUCUAGGCAAGUCCUGGCAUGUUGAGCAUUUUGUUUGUGCCAAGUGUGAGAAGCCGUUCCUGGGUACCCGGCAUUAUGAGAAGAAGGGUCUGGCCUAUUGUGAACUCCACUACCAUCAACUGUUUGGUAACAUUUGUUUUGUGUGCAACAACAUCAUCAACGGGGAUGUGUUUAGUGCCUUCAACAAAGCCUGGUGUGUCAACCAUUUUGCCUGCUCCAUCUGUGACCGCAAGAUGAGUCAGAAAACCAAGUUCUUUGAAUUUGAUCUGAAGCCUGUAUGCAAAUUUUGCUACGAUCGGUUCCCGGGCGAACUCAAGAAGCGGCUGAAGAAAGCUUACGAUGAGGCAGCGAAGAAGUGAACAUUACACAAUCAUCAGGAGGAUGCCUUAGCAAUGUCUAGUCUACCGUUCACAAGGGGAGACCACUCUCCUUGUCAAGGGAGACUACUCUGCUGACUUUGCAUGCAAGUUCGGUUUUGAGAAAGCUGAUUUGACAGUCAGCUUUUUAUGUCAUAAUAGACUGAUCUUAGUCAGAUCAUAGCACGAAGGACAAAUAUAGGUCUAGAUUAAACAUAUAAUGGCAUGUGAUACAUUUUUAUGCUAUUUAUUUGAAGGAGCAUUUACAAAAACAUGGUACAGUGGUAUUCAAGUGUAUGUUUGUAUUUUUAAGCAUGUUCCGAGUAUACUAUCAUUGUAUUGUCUCAGUAAAAUCCCUCAUAGUGUGCAGGUGCUCAUUAUAGAAUCUUCAUCAACUCACAUCAACAUUGACUUUUAAUUUCUACAACAUUGAAAACCAAACAUUUUUAGAAACGCUUAUUUAGAUACAAAAUUGUCAUAAAUUGUAAGAAUAGUGUGAUGAAUUUAGUUUUCAAAAAUUGUUACAUUUCUAGAGGUAAAAUGUAUCUGUUUUCAAGCCUGCCAGGAAUAUGCAACAUCUCAGGUAUUUCAUUCCAAGAAAAAACAUCUGUUUUUUGUAUGGUUUUCAGAAAGUUAUUUCAUUGUUAGAAACUAUCUAUUCACAUGGUGAGAUUUUGGCGUUCUUGUUAUGAAAGUUAGACAGACAAAUAAAGGCAGGAAGAAAUGAGGGAAUUGAAACCCGAUCCAUGCAUGACAUAGGUGUUGAAACAUUUAUUGCUGUUGUCAGAGACAUCUUUAACACCUACAUCACAUGAGCUACCAGGGUUUGCUAGAUUGAUAUCAAGCUUAAAUUGGUUGGAAAAUUCCUGGAAAUAUUGGAACAGGAAAAUGCUAUUUCAGCUCCUUUAUUGCUCAAGGAUUAAUUUGGCAUCAAGUUAUAUCUGUUAUGUUUUUGGGGUUUUUUUUUUGUGAAAUCCGUACUACAAACAUUUCAUGAUUCAGUAAAAUAGAUAGUUCUUAAACUUUAUAAUAUUUUCAUUUCAUUUUCAGUCUUCAGAUUUUGUCAAUGUAUGGAAAUCAGUGCCUUGUUUAUUGUCAGGCUGUGUAAUCUUGUCUUUCAUAUGAUACUUUAUGCAAUUGAGAUCUGACUUUAGAAUGUGCAUGAAUUUCUCCCAAUUGUAGAGGGUAAGAGUAAUAGAAUCGACAAGCGUUGGCCAGAUGGAAGUGAUGAACUGAUCAACCUGUUUCUGUCGUCUCUGUUACUUCAGUUCAUCCAGGAGUGAACAGUUCUAAGCCCAUUUCUGGUGUCCCCCUCUGCAAUAUUGCUGGAAUAUUGCUAAAAGCGGCGUAGAAGCAAACUAACUCUAAGUUCUUGUUAAUCUAUCAGUGAUACUUGGACAUUAGUUUAAUAUAAUCUUUACAAUAUAUAAAGAUAUUAUAAUCUGUGAUCAAUAUCAUCAAUAUCAUUAACAUGACAUGACUUGUUUGUGUUGAUAGGGAUGUGUGGUUUGAAGUUAUCAUUGGUUUUAAGAUUUUUAAAUUAAAUUCGAUGAAUCAGACACUACCUCACUCAUUGUUUCAUCUUUGCCACAGUGGAACCAGCAUGAGUCCUUUAAGAUCCUGCCAAUAGAGGAAGUUAUCAUCUGUAAGCAUUUCAUAAUAACAGAAUAAAAACUUACAUAAUUGCCCAUCCUUUUUGUAUAAAAAAAUUUGUUUUGGAAACAAGAAAAACUUUAAAGAAUGUUUAAACAUAACAUAAUUGCCCAUCCCUUUUUUACAUAAAAUCAUUUUGGGAAUAAUGUAAACUUUAAAAAAUGU